GCCAAUAUCUACUUUCUUCACCCGACAGAGGAGUAGGCAGAAGAGGAUCGAGGAACUACCAAAUCUAUCAAAGCAGUCUUACUUCUUAAUCACCAGACUUUGUGUGCACUCUGCUCCGGACAUGCGUGGUCUCAGACUCAUCAUGGUACCAGUUGAGCUACUUCUUUGCUGCUUCCUGCUGCACACUGUGGACGCCAUUUCAUAUGGAAACCAGACAAACGUCUUGGUGCAUCUUCGCUCAUCCUUGGGAUCCUGGCUACCUUCCUCAGCCCCCUUGUCUUGCCGGACCCUGCUCCCCAAAUCCCUGCCUGGCUUCACCCACAUGGCCCUUCUCCCCAAGUUCCUGGUAGGCCUGCCCCUGAUGAUUGCCUUGGAGAAAGCUGGCUGUCAAGCUGAUGUACGGGUCCUGCAGCUUCAGCUCUACCGCCAGGGGGGUGUAAAGGCUACACAGAUCCUCAUCAGACAUCUUCAAGAGCUCGAGAAAAGCAGAAGCACAGGGACGGGAGUGUCAGUGGAUGCCCUGGCCUCUGCUCUGCAGCUGUUGGCCAGGGAGCACCCAGGCCCAGAGAGGGCCCGACGAUCCCUCUCCAUCAAGGACUGCGAGCAGGAGCAGGAGCAGAGCGUGCACAAUGUAGUCCAGCUGCUGCCAGGAGUGGGAACCUUCUACAACCUGGGCACAGCAUUGUAUUAUGCUGUUCAGAACUGCUCGGACAAGGCCAAGGAACGAGGCCGAGACGGGGUCAUAGAUCUGGGUUAUGACCUUCUGAUGGCCAUGGCUGGAGCAUCAGGGGGGCCCGCGGGACUAAUGAUCAGUACUGCACUUAAACCUAUAGUGAAAGCUGGGGUUCAGCAGGUGAUCCAGUAUUAUAAUGAGAGAGAGGUGAACAGCCCUCCACCAGAGACCAGCAAGGAGGUCUUGGGGGUCACCUAAUUGGGUCACCUGGAAGAAACAAUUACCAUGGCCCCUUUGGUAUCAGAAGUAGUAAGUUCAGUUCCUUACUGGCAGUGGACCUUACUCUAUGACUAUGGCUUAGAUCCUAGGGAUGGGAAUAGUACUGAGACAUAAAAGAAGGUGGUAGGGAACUCCUUGGCUGUCCAGUGGUUAGGACUCCACUCUUUCACUGCUAAAGGGGCCGGGUUCAAUCCCUAGUCGGGCAACUAAGAUCCCCGUAAGCUGCGCAGCAAUCAAUCAAUCAAUCAAUCAAUCAUAAAAGAAGGUGGUGGGACUUCCCUGGCGGUCCAGUGGUUAAGAAUCCACGCUUCCACUGCAGGGGGUGCGGGUUUGAUCCCUGGUGGGGAAACUAAGGUCCUGCAUGCCAGAGCAGUGCAGCCAAAAAAAAAAAAGAUGGUUAACAUGACGACUAGAUCUAAUAUUCUGACAAGUAGUAUAUGUAUGUUCAAAAUCCAAAUCUCUGAUUUUUUUUUAUCAAGGAGGAAGGCAGUACUGUAAAAUGUAGAAAUUUUGAAGUUUGUGGUUUGGAAUCAGAGGAUUUGGCUUUGAAACCAGGCUCCACUUGUUAGAGCUUCAGCGACCAUUGACUAGUACCUUCUUUCUCCAAACUCAGUUUUUUAAAUUUCUAAAGAAUAGUGAUUUGCAUCUCAAUGGGUUUUGUGGAAAUUAAAAACGGUACGCUGUCCUAAUGCUUAGCACGGUACCAACAAUAAAUAGGCUUUUGUUGUU